GGCCCCCUCCUUCCUUAAGACCUACUCAGGACUCCACUGGGCUGCUGACUGCUCACCCUCCCCCCAGGUCAACUCCUUACCUGUCCACAGUUAUGUCCACCCAGGGCCUGUUUGGACACCUGUGCCUGAUGUUCACCAGGGGCCGGAUGUCCUCAGGCCUGAUGUCCACCUAGGGCCUGAUGUCUGCCUUGGGCCUAUGUCCCUCUGGGGGCCUUGUGUUCACCUGGGGACUGUAUCCAUCUGGGGCCUGAUGGCCUACCAGGUCUUGUUGUUCACCUAAGGCCUUGUGUCCACCUGGGGACUGGUGAUCACCUGGGGCCUGGGUGUCCACUUAAGGCCGGAUGUGCACCUAAGCCCUGAGUUUUCACCUGGGCCUGAUGAUCACCUGGGGACUGGGUGUGUACCUUGGGUCUUUUCCCUUUUCCUGAGCAGGGCUUGCAGUUUCCAAACCAGACACAAUCUCCCAGUUGGAGAAAGAAAAAGGAUCCUAGAUGAUAGUGAGACAAAUUUCAGGAAACUCCAUCCAAAUAAGUAAAUGAGAAUGAGGAUAUAGGAUUCAUUGGUCUGUAUCUCCAGUGCUCAGAUCGGAAGCAUCUGCUGCAAGCGUGGGUGACCCCCAUCGUGGAACAAGUUCACUCUCUGGCAAUAGCAAUGUGAGCCUUCUGUUUCCAAUGUGAGUUUGAAAUCCACGGCCAGUGAGAGAUUCAUCAGAUUUGUAACAGAUUAAUCCUGGACCUAUUAAUCCUGGACCAGCUCACGUUGUCCAGCUUCGAGGCCCUGGGAAGUUGCCACCAGGAUGGGGUGUGGAUCAACUUCCUCCAGGAUCCAGAGAGCAUCCCAGCCAGCCUCAGGGUCAGGAAAGGAGCCCAGCCUCUCCAGGAGCCAGACAGGCUCACAGCAGGCUCUCCUGGGGCUGAAGCUGAGUGCGGAUCAGCUGGCCCUGGUCUACAGUAUACUGGGGCUCUGCCUGUGUGCCAUCUUCUGCGGCUUCCUAGUGGCAGUGGCCUGCUUCCUCAAGAAGAGGGGGGAUCCCUGCUCCUGCCAGCCCUGCUCAAGGCCCUGUCAAAGUUCGGCCAAGUCUUCCCAGGAUCACGAGGUGGAAGCCAGCAGCCCUGUGGGCACAUCUCCUGAGCCAGUGGAGACCUGCAGCUUCUGCUUCCCCGAUCACAGGACCCCCACCCAGGAGAGUGUGGUCAUACCUGGGACCCUCAACCCCGUGGGUGAUGGAAGGUGGAGGCACCCUGUGAGGUGCCCUGAUAGAUGGUAGCCUUGGCAUUGUGUGCGGAUGCACCCAGGAGAGGGUCCCAGGUGCCUGAACAGGGGCAAGGAGGAACAGGAGGAGGGAAAGAGAUGGAGAGAGACAGAGAGGAAAGGAGAGAUGAGGAGAGAAACAGAGGAGGCAGAGAGGAAGAGAGAGACAGAGCAGGAGGUCAUGGCUUUCUGGGUCCCAGUUCCGAGUGCAGCUGUAAGUCAUCAUCACCUAAACACAUGUGCAAUAAAGUCCUUGUGCCUCCUGCUCACAGCCCCCGAGAGCCCCUCCUCCUGGAGAAUAAAGCCUUUGGCAGCUGCCCUUCCUCACUG